AUGUACUACGAGUUGUUUGCCAUCGCUCGGAUCACAGAUCCGCUCAUGAUUGAAAGAGAGGCAUCCAAGAUUGCUUCCACCGUUGGCAAGUUGAUUCUUUCUAAUCGUGGGGUUAUCCGUGAUAUCCAUGCCAUGGGAGCGCGUCCACUUCCCAAAAUCAUAUCCAAAGAACAAGAACGUCAUUUCCAGGGUUACCACUUUGUUAUGGGAUUCGAUUCUAGUGCCAAAGUUCAAUCUCAACUUUUACGUACUUUGCGGAGUGAUCCCCGUAUCCUUCGGGCCAAUAUAAUCAAGAGGGAUCUUUCCAAGUCAUUGAAUCCAUUACUGACCAUCCAGGCCGCUGAUAGAGCUGUCAAUAUGGGCCAAUAA